AUGGCCGCGGAGCGGCUACACGCGGAAGCGGCCGCCCCUUGGGAGCCGAGCCCCUCGGGACGGCGGCGCCGGCGCUGGGCGGUCGGGGACGGCGAGAUGGACGGCGGCGGCGGCCACGACGACCCCGCGGUGUUGACCCUCAGCCACUUCUCCCGGCCUCCCUUCCUGAGCUUCGGCACCGUCCGCGUCGGGACCUCGUGCGCUCGGCGCCUGGCCCUGGAGAACCCGAACGCCGAGCCUGCUCUCGUGGCCGUGUGCCGCCCUCCGCCCGCCUCGAAAGGCUUCGCCGUGGAGCGCCACAGCUGCCUCCUUCAGCCUACAGAGAGAGUGUUCAUUUCGAUAACGUGGACACCCCCGGAAGAGGGCAGAGUCCGGGAACUCAUAACGUUUGUUGUGAAUGAUGUUGUUAAGCAUCAAGCAGUCUUGCUGGGCAAUGCUGAGCAACCUGUCAAGAAAAAGAAAAGUCUUUGGGAGGCAAUUAAAAAGAGACCUACAGCUCAGCAGCCACAGUAUAAGAAAAGACAGUCCAAGAUUAAAAAUGUCAACAAAACUUUUCAAGUAUCUGAAAAAACAGAUAGAAUUAGAAGUCCUCUCCAGCACUGUGAAAACUUGGAAGAGUCCAGAUGUAGUACUGCACCUAAGGGAGAUUCCCUAAUUGUUUUAGAUAAUAAGCUGUCCCUAUCUCCUAUUAAUCCCAUCCUGCAAGAAAACCAGAAUGUCACUUGCACCCCCCUGUCAAUGAGGAGAUCAACUACAUAUUCAGUUCUUGAGACAGUUGACCGUGAUGUUUUACCAAAGGCUAUAAAAGAGACCUUUACUGUUAUGCCAAUGUAUGAUUAUCUUUUGGAGACAAAAUUGGAAAAUACACAUAUUGUUCAGCCUGCGGAAGCACAGAAUUCAAAUACAAAUUCAUUUGGCACGCCAGAGCAGCCGAGAAGACUGCAUAUUACUUCAGAUCACAAGAGAACUUUAAGCCCGGAUUCUUUGCCCUCACUGGAAGGGUCUGCACCAAUUCUCUCACCUGAUCAGUUUUUAAAAGAGAACCAAAUAGCUAUUGAGCCAGUUUCACAAUUAUGUAAACCUGUGUUGCCUCCAAGCUUGGGGCCUUGUGUGCCAAGGGCUUUCCCCCUAAAACAGGACAAAAAAAUGAUGCAAACUGUAACUUUUUCAGCAGAACCUCAAUUUCAAAACAAAGCCUUCAAUGCCACAAAUGAGGAAGAAUUAGCAGUGUUUCACUAUGAGAAAUUUGAACAAAAUCUCAGCUUUCCUGCUCACACAGCCAAGCAUCAGAUGUACCAGUUCCACGAACAAGAACCUCCCAAACGCCCUCUGCUUUCCAGUACUGUUGUCAAAAGUAAGCAAGAUCCCCUUGAAGGAAAAGGAGCACAGAUGCCAAAAUCUAGAAAAUGCCUUUCUAAUGCAAUACAGCAGUGUGUGGAUAAAGUUCCUGAAAGUAGAAAUGUAGAAAGGUUGCCAAAUCUUCCUGUUAUAGAAUCCUUGUCAGGUGGUAAUAGCCACAAAGCUGAAAAAGCUUCAGUUUGUUCAGAGUCAACAUCACAUAAUCGUAAAAGAAAAAGCAGAGAAUUUUUGGAAGAGAUUAAUAGUGGAAGUAAAGAUAAUUUUGACACAAAAAAACCCUUGAUGUCUUGUGAGUUAAAUGAGAAGCAAAGAGAUGUGAAAACACCAAUGCCCAAAUCUGCAAACAUAGAGAAACAAAGUCAGAAAAAGCGAGUUGGUUUCGUAUCUCCAAAAUCAAGGACUACUAGAAAAACUUCUAAAAAGAUAGUUCCAGUUGCACAGUCUCAGCUGACCUUUGUUAAACCAUUAAAAACAGGUCUCCCUAGGCAUCCAAUGCCUUUUGUGGCAAAGAACAUGUUUUAUGAUGAACGUUGGAAAGAGAAACAGCAGCGAGGUUUUACCUGGUGGUUGAAUUUUGUACUUACUCCCGAUGACUUUACUGUGAAAACAGACACUUCACAAGUCAAUGCAGCAUCACUUAUUUUGGGAAUAGAAUCUCAUCACAAAUCCAGUGUUUCAAAAGCACCAACUAAAGAGGAAGUUUCGUUAAGAGCGUAUUCUGCUCGGUGUAAAUUGAACAAACUUCGUCGCUCAGCUUGCCAUUUGUUUACUCGCAAUGCAAUGGUUAAAGCAAUAAAAAGGCUGGAGGUUGAAAUUGAAGCCAAACACUUGCUAGUUCGGAAGGACCGACAUCUGUGGAAGGAUAUUGGGCAACGGCAGAAAAUCCUCAACUGGCUUUUAUGCUACAAUCCACUGUGGUUGCGCAUAGGCUUGGAGACUGUCUAUGGUGAACUGAUAUCCUUGGAGAAUAAUAGCGAUGUAACGGGUUUGGCAAUGUUUAUACUCACUCGCUUGUUGUGGAACCCAGAUAUUGCCGCUGAAUAUAGGCACCCAACAGUGCCUCACCUUUAUCGAGAUGGUCAUGAAGAAGCGCUGUCCAAGUUUACACUGAAAAAAUUACUUCUACUGGUUUGCUUUCUUGAUCAUGCCAAAUCAUCUAGAAUUAUUGAUCAUGACCCUUGCCUCUUCUGCAAAAAUGCAGAAUUUAAGUCCAGCAGAGAGAUAUUAUUGGCAUUUUCCCGAGACUUUUUAAGCGGAGAAGGUGACCUUUCUCGUCACCUUGGCUUCCUGGGCUUACCGGUGAAUCAUAUGCAGACUCCACUUGACGAAUUUGAUUUUGCUGUAAUAAAUCUAGCCACUGAUUUGCAGUGUGGCAUUCGUCUUGUAAGAACAUUGGAGCUUCUGUCAAAAAACUGGAGUCUUUCAAAGAAGUUAAGAGUUCCAGCAAUAAGCAGACUUCAGAAGAUGCAUAAUGUCAAUAUUGCCCUUCAGGCAUUAAAAGACCAUAGAAUUCAAUUGAAAGAUGAAUAUGGUUCAGGAAUUGAUGCCAAGGAUAUUGUAGACCGGCAUAGAGAGAAAACACUGGCACUACUAUGGAAAAUAGUUUUUGCUUUUCAGGUGAGUGUUUUCCUUGAUCUGCAUCAGUUAAAAGACGAAAUAGAUUUUUUAAGGAACUUGCAUGACACACAAGUGAAGACUGCUGCACUGGAAUCUUCUGUAUCCCUCAAAGUGAGAAAAGACAGCAGUAGCUUUUAUUCAUCUGAAAGCUGCAGUGAAAAUGUAAAGCUAUUAAUGGACUGGGUGAAUGCUGUCUGUGUGUUUUAUGGCAUCCAGGUUGAGAACUUCACGGUAUCCUUUUCAGAUGGAAGAGUACUGUGUUAUUUGAUUCAUCAUUACCAUCCACGUUAUGUGCCUUUGGAAGCCAUAUGUCAGUGUACAACCCAAACAGUAGAAUGCACCAAAAGUGGUACAUUGGCUCUGAAUUUGUCCUCUGAGUCUGAUGAUUCCCUAAGUCUGCUGAAUGGAACUUUUGGCCAAGCUGUAACCACUUCAGCACUCUAUAAAGAACUCCUCGACAAUGAGAAAAAAAACUUCCAGCUGAUUAAUGAUGCCGUUUCUGACCUUGGGGGUGUUCCAUCUAUGAUUCACCAUGUAGAUAUGUCUAACACAAUACCUGAUGAGAAGGUGGUUAUCACCUAUGUGUCGUUUCUGUGUUCACGGCUUCUAGAUCUUUGUAAAGAGAUCCGAGCAGCUCGACUUAUUCAGUCUGCAUGGAGGAAACACAGGCUGAAGAAAAAACUUUCUCAGAGCAUCAAACAAACUUUGAAUGCAACCGUUGUAAUUCAGAAACACUGGAGAAGGUAUUUGGCUCAGAGGGAACUUCAGAAAUUUAAAAAGGCAAAGCGAGAAGAAGCUGAAAGAGUGUCUUCUAUAGUAAUUCAGAAAUACUGGAGAGGAUAUCAUGCCAGAAGAAAAUAUUUGCAGCUGCGGUAUUAUACAAUCCUUAUGCAAGCAAGGAUGAGAAUGUUGCUUUCACUUGCUGCUUACAAAAAAGUUCUCUGGGCUGCUGUCACCAUUCAAAGGCGCUGGCGGGCUUCAUUGAGGGCAAAAAAGGAUUACCAAAGAUACCAGUACUUUAAGGUGUCCGCAUUUGUGAUUCAGUCUGCAUUUAGAAGAUGGAAAGGCUGCAAAAUGAAGCAGAAAAUGGAAGCUGAGCUGCUGUUGCAAGAGACAGAACUGGCAAAAAAAACAAGAGCUGCUGUUCUAAUUCAGUCAUGGUACAGGAUGAUCAGAGAUCGAAGUAGUUACUUGCACCUUAGACAAAAUGUUAUCAAGAUACAAGCCUGGUUUAGAUGCAUUCAAGCUAAAUUGAUUUACGAACAGAAGAAAGCAGGUGUAUUAGCUAUUCAAAAGUAUUACACAGCAUACAGACUGGGAAAAACUGAAAGGGAAACAUAUCUGCAGAAACGUACAGCAAUAAUAGUUCUACAAUCUGCUUUUAGGGGAAUGAAAGCUCGUUUAUUAUUUAGGCGGAUGAGAGCAGUUUGCAUCAUUCUGUCAUUUUGGCGAAUGAGACAAGAGAGGCAAAGGUUUCUACAUGUGAAACACUCUGUUAUUGUGGUGCAGUCACAUGUGAGAAAGCAACAGCAGCUAAAAAGAUACCGAGCAAUUAAAGUUGCUGCCUCUGUUAUUCAGGCCCGAUACAGAGCAUACAGAGCUUCUAAAAAAGCAAUUAUUUCUUAUCAGGAAUUACGCCAUGCUGCUGUCAUUUUACAAUCUGCAUUCAGAACAAGACAAGCUAGGAGGAAGGCCAAUAUGCUGAAAUCUGUAAUAAAAAUCCAGUCCUGUUUUCGUGCUUACGUUGCCCGGAAACGUUUUCUAAACUUAAAACGUGCUGCUGUGAAAAUUCAGGCUUUUAUAAAGAUGAGGCAAGCACGUAAACGUUACUGUGCAUUAAGAGAAGCAGCCAUAUGUGUCCAGCAAAGGUACCGUUCCCAGAAAUGUGCCUUUCAACUGAAAGAAGACUAUGCAAAACUGAGACAAGUGUGUGUAAAAGUCCAAGCUGUUGUACGAGGAAAUCGUGCUCGGAAACGGGUGAAGAGAAGGCAAGAGGCGGCAAUUGUACUUCAGGCCCAAUACAGAAUGAAAAGAGAGAGGCAACGCUAUCUGAGCCUGUGUAGAGCUACUGCUGUUAUUCAAAUGUACUAUUGUGCCUACAGAGAAGGAACCCGCCAGAGGGAGAACUUCAUGCAACUCAAAAAGGCAACUGUCUGCUUGCAAGCAGCCUGCAGGGGUUAUAGGCUGCGCAAAACACUACAGCAUGAAAAUGAAGCUGCUCUCAAGAUCCAGGCAGCUUUUAGGGCUCAUGCUGCAAGAAUGAAAUACCAAGCCAUGGUUAAAGCUUCCCUUGUGAUUCAGAGAUGGUAUAGGGCUUCCAAAACCACAUCGAGAAUCCGGAAAAGUUUCUUAAGGACCAAAGCAGCCAUUGUUACCUUGCAGGCAGCUUCCCGUGGCUGGCUAGUAAGGAAACAGAUUCAGGAACAGCAUGCUGCUGCGACUGUUAUCCAGUCUGCCUUUAGGAAGUAUAAGGCUCUGAAAAAGUUCACAAUGACAAGAAAUGCAGCUCUAACGCUUCAGCAGCAUUAUAGAGCUCUAAUUUCUGGUAGAGAACAACGGCAGGCAUAUAUUUUGCUCCGCAACUGCGUCAUACAACUUCAGGCAGCUUGGAGAGGCAGUGUGGUGAAAAAACAAAUAAAAAGACAACAUCAGGGUGCAGUAGUCAUACAGUCCUACUAUAAGAUGCACAUCAGUCGAACAAAGUUCAAAAGUUUGAGACGGGCUACUGUCUCCAUUCAAAGAUGGUAUCGUGCUGGUGUCCUUGCCAACUGCCAAAGGCAGGAGUACCUGACAUUAAAGGAAGCGACUGUUAAAAUCCAAGCAGUUUAUAGAGGUGUGAGAACCAGGCAAAAAGUUCAGUGCAUGCAUCAUGCUGCUUCCUGUAUACAAGCAAUGUUUAAAAUGCAUCAAGUUUAUUUUAGGUAUCAGGCAAUGAAGCUGGCGACAGCUGUAAUUCAGGUAAGAUACAGAGCUGUUUGCAGAAGAAGACAGGAACGGGCAAAGUAUCUGGAGCUGAGAGAAGCUUCCCUCAUCCUUCAGUCUGCCUACAGAGGCAUGAAAGUUAGACAAGAGCUAAAAACUUUGCACCGCUCUGCAGCAGCUGCUGUGACCAUUCAGAGGAAGUAUCGAGCUACAGUACUAGCAAAAGAUCGGCGCAACAAGUAUCUUAGCCUCUGUAAAUCUGCUGUCAUUGUGCAGUCUACCUUCAGAGGCAUGUUGGUCAGGAAACGUGUGAACCGAAUGCAUGCAGCUGCUACCAUGAUUCAAGCAGCUAUCAGAAUGCAUAUAGCGCGUAAUCGUUACAGAGCUGUGAAGCUUGCUUCUGUCAUAAUACAACAGCGCUACAGAGCAUACAAAGAAACUUAUAACACAAGGGAACUAUACUUGAAGCAGCGCCGCUCUGCUUUAAUUCUUCAGGCAGCCUACAGGGGAAUGAAAUCGCGAGGCAUCUUAAAGAAAGAACACAUUGCUGCAGCAGUCAUCCAGAGGCACUUUCGCAUGUACAGGCAACAUUGUUCCUACAAAGAAUGGGCAGCCAUAACCAUACAAACAAGAUUCAGAGCCAGUCGACUUAGCACGCUUGCAGUCCAGCAGUACUCUUUCGAGAGAGCUGUCACUAACCUUCAGAUGGCUCCUUGCACGAUGAAGGAGGCAAGCCCUCAGACAAGGCAUCACGCUGCCCUUGUACUUCAGAGGGGUUUUAAAAUCUGGAGAGACCGUAGAAAAUACCUGGCUUAUCAAGCAGCCGCUACUGUCCUUCAGAGACGACACAGAGCACUGAUUUUGUCAAGAAGGCAAGCAGGAGAAUAUCUUUGCCUUCGCGCAGCGGCUGUUUGUAUUCAGUCUUUCUACAGAGGUUUUAGAAUAAGGAGAAAAGUUUGGCGCAUGCAUUCUGCAGCAAGAGCAAUUCAGAGGUGGUAUUGUGCAAAAAUACAGAGGAGAAAAUUCCUACAGUACCGUGAGAAAAUUGUUAAAAUUCAGAGAAUGGUGAGGAAAUGGAUGAAGUGUAAAAAUGCGAGUUCUGACAAAAUUCAGAAAGGUGUGAGCAAAAGGACACUAAAUAACGGAAUUACUAAAUUUCAGGCUUUGUGGAGAGGGUACUCGUGGAGGAAAAAGACCGACACUGAUGAAACUAGAGCUCUGCGAGAUAGUUUGGUGAUGGCCAAUAAAGAAAGCAAAGAAGAGAUGAAGCUGUGUAAUAGAACUGCACUUGCCAUUGAUCACCUUCUAAAAUACAAACAUUUUUCAUACAUUCUGGCAGCUUUAAAAGACCUGGAGGUUGUAACCAGAUUGUCUCCUGUUUGCUGUGAAAGUAUGUCCCAGACUGAAGCAAUCUCCACUAUUUUUACUUUGAUUCGGAGCUGCAAUCGCAGUGUCCCUUGUAUGGAUGUUAUCAGAUACUCAGUUCAAAUCCUGCUUAAUUUAUCAAAGUAUGAAAGGACAACUCACGCUGUUUAUGCAGUGGAAAAUUCAGUUGAUACAUUGUUGGACCUACUUCAGAUGUACCGUGAGAGAGCUGGUGACAAAAUUUCAGAAAGAGGCGGAAGCAUUUUUACCAAGACCUGCUGCCUGUUGGCUCUUCUUUUGAAGGAUUCAGCAAGGGCAUUUGAGAUCCGAAGCAGCCCUCGAGUGAUUGCUUGCCUUCGAAGCCUGUUUAAACUUACCUCUCGUAAACAUCAAAUGGAUGCCCAAAGAACGCUUGUCAAGCAGAAGACACGUGCAUUCAGAAAUGGUCAUAGCUCUGUCCUAGUCACUCCUGUCAGACCAAAAAUAAUUUCUAGGCAGAGGCCAGACUGGGUUUUAAGAAAAGAUAAUAUGCAAGAGAUAGUUGAUCCACUGCAAGCAAUUCAAAUGGUGAUGGAUACACUUGGAAUUUCUUACUACUAAUGGGUCAAUGCUGUAUCUAAUU